AAAUUUAACCUCCUUCCGAAAAAUGUUGAUUUCUAUUUCUUGCAAGAUAUCACUAGCCACCAUUCCUUUAGCUUCACUCAAAUCCCAUUCUUUCUCUACUUUAAGUUCUAUAGAUACACCUCAAAACAAGCAUACAUGUUAACGCAAUCCAAAAACACUCGUUGCAGGAAGACAACAGAAAGUUCACAGCUAAUGGAGAUUAAAGUAGCCGAAAACGGGAACGAAAAGCUGCCUCUUCUUCGAGAUUUCCCUAUUCCUAACACCGAAGAGAAAAACCUGAUACAGAAAGCAAUUAGUCAGACAUUUAAAAGCACGGCCCAUUUAGCCAAUCUGUUACCUACUGGAACAGUUCUUGCAUUCCAACUUCUGUCACCCAUUUUCUCAAAUCAAGGCAACUGCGACCCAGUUAGCAGGUUCAUGACAGCCGGAUUAGUAUCCCUCUGCGGACUAUCAUGUUUCCUGUCAAGCUUUACAGAUAGCGUCAGAGACGAGAAUGGGAAUGUCUCUUAUGGGUUUGCUACGGUUCAUGGAUUAUGGAUUAUUGAUGGGUCAACAACUAUUUCACCUGAAAUUGCUACAAAGUACAGGCUAAAAUUUAUAGAUUUCAUGCACGCAAUUAUGUCAAUUCUUGUAUUUUCGGCUAUUGCAUUGUUUGAUCAGAAUGUCGUGGCUUGUUUCUAUCCAACACCAUCAGCUGAGACACAAGAGCUGCUUACGACGUUGCCGGUUGGAAUUGGUAUGAUUUGCAGUAUGUUGUUUGUUGUGUUUCCCACUCAGCGCCAUGGAAUUGGCUUCCCUAUUUCUGCUAUUUGACACUUUCUCUUUUUGUGUGUUCUUUCUAAGUGAUCAUGGUUUCUUUUCUUGUUCACUUGUAUAAAUUACAUCAUUCUUUUCUCUUUUAAUACAACAUACGAAUGUUUGUUCCUGCGAAAUCGUCUGUGGCCGUUAUUGCUAUUAUUAUAAUACAACAAUUGGAAGAAAAAUCCUUUUCUUUUCGCCUUCUCAA